UUAUUUUCACAUCCCUCUCAUAUGCUCUAUCUAUCUCCACUUAAGCUAACCUCUCACACGUUUCCACAGCCGUCGAGAUCAUAACGUUUCGACGAUUGUCAUAGGGCUUCGCGCAUAGCCGUGGAAAUGCCCCAAGCUUACCGGAACAGUUCAGUCGACUGGAAGCCAUCACCGGUAGUAGCCCUAGCCCCCAGCGCCGACUACUCUCAGGUAGCGGCAGUUCGCGAAGACGGCUCGCUCGAGAUUUGGCGCGUAUCUCCACGCACCGUUAGCUGGCACUGUCAGCUGACGAUUCAUGGAGAUCCCAAGUCGAGAGUUUCAUCGCUUAUUUGGUGUCGUGCUGGUAAAAAGGGAUUUCCUUGUGGACGGCUGUUUUCUUCGAGUAUAGAUGGCUCCAUUUCGGAGUGGGAUCUUUUUGACUUGAAACAGAAGAUUGUGCUAGAGUCAAUUGGGUUCUCAAUCUGGCAGAUGGCUGUUGCACCCUUUAAUAAUCGGCUUAUUCAUUCAGAGGAGAAGUCCCUACAUGUUGGAAAUGGAUAUGUAAAUGACAAAUCUAAUGAUAGUGAUGAUUACGAAACUAGUGGAAGUGAUAGUGAUUCUGACUUAGAUGGGCUUCACGAAGAAUCAGUAAUUAUUGAGGAUACACUUGUAGCAGUUGCUUGUGAUGAUGGUUGUGUUAGGAUAUAUAGAAUUUCUGAUUCAGAGGAAUUGACAUACUAUAAAUCGUUGCCUAGGGUCAGUGGGCGUGUUCUAAGUGUGACCUGGAGUACUGAUGCUAAUAUGCUGUUCUCAGGUAGCAGUGACGGGUUUAUUAGAUGUUGGGAUGCGAAAUUGGGUAAUGAGAUCUACAGAAUUACAGUUGGGCUUGGAGGCUUGGGUAGUGGACCUGAUCUUUGCAUUUGGUCAUUACUUUUCUUGAGGUGUGGGACUCUUGUUAGUGCAGAUAGUGCUGGCAGUGUUCAGUUUUGGGAUAGUCAACAUGGAACUCUUUUGCAGGCACAUUCUGUUCACAAAGGUGACGUGAAUGCUCUGGCAGCUGCUCCUAGUCAUAAGAGUGUGUUCUCUGCUGGUUCUGAUGGUCAGGUUAUUCUUUAUAAGGUUUCAAGUGAGGCAAUUGGGUCAAUUGAUGACAAGUCUUCAUCGGAAGUGAUGAAGAAAUGGGUGUACGUUGGUCAUGUAAGAGCUCAUACACAUGAUGUGAGGGCCUUGACAAUGGUAGUGCCAAUUAGCAAUGAAGAUCCUUUGCCGGAUGAAAAGAUAAAAAGAAGUCGUAGUCGGGAGAAACCCGUUGAUUUUAGUUACCAUAAAUGGGCUCAUUCAGGAGUUCCCAUGCUUAUCUCAGCUGGUGAUGACACCAAGCUCUUUGCCUACUCUGCCAAGGAGUUUACCAAGUACUCUCCACACGAUAUCUGCCCUGCUCCUCAGAGAGUACCGGUUCAACUGGUGCAUAAUACAAUAUUUGAUCACACUUCUUUGCUCCUAGUCCAGUCUUCUUAUUGGAUUGAUAUUCUAUCUGUUCGUCUAAAGAGCAAUAUGAAUUCUGGCACAUCUGGUGGCCAUGCAACCACAGAUUUAUUGGCCCGGGUUAAGAGUAAGGCAUCCCAGAAGAUUAUAUGCAGCACCAUUUCUAAUUCAGGGUUGCUUUUUGCAUAUUCUGAUCAUGUUAAACCGAACCUGUUUGAAUUGAAGAGCCCUGAAGUUGGCAAAAGUGCAUGGUCUAUCAAUAAAAGGCAACUUCCUCGUAAACUACCGUUUGCACGUUCCAUGGUUUUUACUUCUGAUUGUUCUUGGUUGAUACUUGCAGGGCAUGAUAGAAAGAUAUACGUUGUGGAUGUGGGAAGUUCAGAGCUAGUACACACUUUCACACCCUGCCGUGAGAAGAAUGAUGAUAAAUUACCACCAAAAGAGCCUUCUAUAACAAAGAUGUUUUCUAGUUAUGAUGGGCAAUGGCUGGCUGCCGUCAACUGUUUUGGGGAUGUGUAUAUAUUCAAUCUCAAGAUUCAGAGGCAACACUGGUUCAUCUCAAGAUUGGAUGGUGCUUCUGUUGCUGCUGGUGGUUUUUCUCCUCGGACUGACAAUUUGCUUAUAAUUGUAACCUCUUCGAACCAAGUUUAUGCAUUUGAUGUGGAGUUUAAGCAGUUAGGAGAAUGGUCAAUGCGACGUACAUUUGUUCUGCCUAAGAGAUAUCGAGAAUGCCCUGGGGAGGUUAUUGGGCUCUCUUUCUCACCCUCUCCAAGUUCAUCCUCUGUUAUCAUUUACAGUGCCAGGGCAAUGUGCUUGAUCGACUUUGGGAUGCCAGAGAAUCAAGAUGAUGACAAUAACCUGGUAAAUUGUCAGGGGUCUGCUUUGAGAAAGUUAGCUAGUACUCCCAUUAGUGGAAGACUUAAACGCAAGUUGAGAGACUGUCAAACAGAGGCUAAACUCAACGGUAGAAAGAACUUUGAAUUUUUGGCUUUCAGAGAUCCUGUUUUUUUUAUUGAUCACCUUUCAAAAAGUUCCGUAUUGAUCCUUGACAAACCGUGGAUGGAAGUGGUCAAAACUUUUGAUGCCCCUGUUCACAGACAUAUUUUUGGGACAUAAUUGUUUACUGUCGGGGAGUUCAAACUUGGCAAUUGAUUACUCAUGUUUGACGGCACAUUUCCAUCCUCGAUGUUAAAGUUGGAGAGGAGGAGAGAGGAAAACAGAUAUAAAGAACAAAAAGAAAAGAGAAAAACUGAGUGCAAGAGUGGCUGAGCAGGGUUUUCUGCAGCAUGUUGUGUAUUGUAUUCCUCAAGAAAAAUUUUGUUAACCUGUGAAAGUAGCAUUUUUGUCUUUAUAUUCUUUAAAUCUAGUUUAAAUUCUUAUGUUCUAGGUGUUUGUGAAUUCAAUAACUCAAUAUUAAAAUCAAUUAUUUCUUA